CUUCGGGCCCAGGCGCUGCCCGGGGAUGCCCCGGCAUCUCUCGGCGCCCUCGGGCAUCCCUGCGCGGCGUGCGGGGCCAGGGGACCGGCUCGACGGGACCGGUCUGUGCCUGUGGCCGGGCUGCACACCUGAGCUCGCCCGAUCUCUGCCUGCUUUUGCAGCAGCGGGGCGGGUUUUCGUGCUGGGCAGGGGUGUGGGGUGUACCCGGCGUGCAGCAAGGGGUGGUGAUUCGGAUUUAACCUUUAUUUACGCAGGGGUUUCCUUUAACCUCCCUGAUAAAAGAGAGUGGGAGCAAACCGCAUGCUCGCGGAGCAGUUGUGUCUGGUUAGGUGUUGGAAAUGUGCCGUCUCCCCCUGCACGGGGCUCCCAGUGAGGCACAGUGUGCUCGCAGCAUCCCAGGGGUGCAGUUGCUGGUGUUGGGGGUUUGCUGCUCUUGCUGUCCAGGAUUCCCUUCCCUCCCUGCCCAAGCAGCAAUGUGACCUUCCUGGCACAUGAGGAGCAGGGCUUGUGGUUGUCCUGUGAGAGAGAGAGGGACAUCAUGGGAACCACAGGGUCAUGGAUUGCUUUGGCUUGGAAGGAACCUUCAAGUCCACCUCAUUUCACCCCCUGCCCUGGGCAGGGACACCUUCCACUACCUCAGGCUGCUCCAAGCCCUGGGCACCCUGUGCCAGGGCCUCCCACCCUCCCAGGGAAGGAUUUCUUUCCAAUAUCCCAUCCAUCCCUGCCCUCUGGCAGUGGGAAGCUAUUCCCCCUUGCUCCCCUUGAUCACUCCAUGCCUUGUCCCCAGUCCCUCUGCAGCUCUCCUGGAGCCCCUCAGGCCCUGGAACUGCUCUGAUCUCUCCCUGGAGCUUCUCUCCAGCUGUCCCAGCCUGGCUGCCGAGCAGAGGGGAGCUCAGGGCUAGGCAGGGCAGCGGGAGCAGUGCCUGGCACAGGGCACAGAGUGAGGCCAGCGCUAUCUGAGCUCCCAGACUGUAAAUAGUGCUGAGUGCUGCCCGCCUGCCCGCUGGGCUGGGGCCCCGAGGCGCCUGCGUGGGCUGCAGCGUGGGCCUUGGAGCUGGCACGGCCCUGGCCACCGGCCCUGCACAGCACCAGGGCACGGAGCAUCUGCUGGGAGCUCUGACCCCACCUUGAGACAGGCUCUCAUUGCUCACUGGCACGUGCCUGCUCCACUUUUCAAACUGCCGGCCUGUAAACUCGUGAGGUAAUCAAAGAAAUUCCUCUAAUUUGCAAAAAUACCACUGGAGAGUAUAGAUGUCUCAUUUAGGAAAACUAGGCUUUUCCCUCAGGGUUCAGGGGAGAUGGCAGAUGAGCAGCUGGUCAUCAGAGAGGAGUGACUGGUGUGUCCCAGGAGAAAGUGCUGAGCAAUCACAGAGUCAUCGGGCCGGUAGUGUCAGCCUGGUUUUGCAGCCCACAUCUGACCCUGGAGCUUCCAGGAGUGGGGCAAGUUUUGCCCAUGACUUUAUUUCCUUCAAGUGGCAAUUGCCCUAGGAAAACCCCAGAGGAGAUUCAACAGAGUCAACAGGAUAAUUUCGUAAUGUGGGAGUCUGAUGUCACUGUGAGGUGGAGGAGUUUCACCCAGGGUGAUGCUGGGAUGAAGCAGGGCUGGACUCGGCUGCUGCAGACAGGGAGGACACGUCCACAGCCCGGAGAAACCCCACUGCAACCAGGAGCAGGUUUCUCUUGGAUGGCUUUGGUCAUCACAGGGAUGCACGUGCUGCCAGGACAGGGCCAUGGCACCCUGUGAUCACACUCAGGGUAUCACAGCCAGCUCAGAUCACCCUGCUGUGACCAGAGCAGGGAUGAAAAGCAGUGCUGGCUGCCCAGAGCCACCUGCAAAGGGUUCAGGGCUGCCUGUCUGUUGAGGGGGUGGCACCUCUGUGCCCCCAGCCCUGCUCAGCUCCUGCUCCAUCCCUGCUCCUCUGUCUCCUUCCGGAGGGGCUGUGGGAAGGGGAGGGAGAGGGGGUCCUUGCACCCCUCAUUUAUCACCUCUCUGCUCAGGUGCAGCCUGCUGAUGGGGCAGAGCAGGACCCACUCCAGGCUGGCACCACACCUGGCAGGACCCUGCCCCGAGCAGCUCUGAGCUCCGAGCCCUGUGCCAGGGAGGAGCCCCAGAACAGGGCCCUGGGGCUCACCCGGGGCAGCUUCCCCUGUCAGCCAGCAAGGACCUGGUGGGAAACACUGGGAAUAAACGUAAGAAGAAAACUGCUAAAAUGAGAAUAUACAUCCCAAAAAAGUCAUCCAGGCAUAUUCAAAUGCAGCUUUUGCUCCUGCCAUUUAUUUCUUUUAUCCCAUAUGAAGAGGAAUAACUUCUCCCAGCGCUGGCAGGUUGAUGAGUGACCCACAGAGACGGGCACACAGGUGGGGUCUCCCUGUGGCAGGAGCCAGUGGUUGGGGACAGCAGGGACAGCCGAGGGCACGCAGCUGGCCAGCACCAGCCAGGCAGGGGCUGGAAACUGCAAGCCAAUCUAAAUCUUUUACUGGAUUUCUUAAAAGGCAGGAAAUAUUUCCUCGUCUGCCCCGCUGGGCUCCCGGGUUUGAAGGAGCUCUGAGGAGUGGGUUCUGUGCAGCCCAGGCUGGCCUUGCUGGCUCACCCCAGGCUGGGGCAGGACUGCUCACGUCCCCACAGCCUGGGCAGCUCUGCAGAGCCGAGGUCACUGCCCCUCUCUGCUGUACCUGCCCCAGACCUGGCCCGGCUCUGGUGCAAGGUGUGCUCCCUCCAGGAGCAGAGCAGCCCCAGGCAGCGGCAGGAGGAAGCUCAGUGCACAGGCUCAGGCAGGAUGAGGUGAUGCUGGAGUCCAGGGGGUCCAGGUCCCAGCACACCAGCUCCUUGGAGAACAACAUCUUUUUCUAUAGGAGUAGAGCCUGCCCUCGGAUCUUAGAGGAAGCAGCUGGGUUUGUUCUUCCCAAAGUCCUCUCCCGCAGAGGAUCACCCACAUCUGACAUCACAGCUGAUAGGCAUGCAGUGACAACCAUCACCUCUCUGUGUGUCGUGGAGCGAGACUUCAAAGUCUGUUGGGUUUAUACUGUCAUCAAACUCUCUGUGUGCUACUCAGGAGAACUUGCACAUCUGGCCAGCAGAUCAAGGAAUCAGUAUCACCUUUUUUAUUUUUGAAAAGUAUGAAGAACUCACCUACUUUCACUCCCCAGGGCCCGUGCACACCUUUGCUGCCUUCUUUGCUCACCUGCAAGCAAUGCUGUGUCACUCUCAUUCCUGCCCUGCCGAGGGCUGCUCCUUGGUGAACUAUUGCUGCAUUAUUCCAGCACUCUUCCUCCCAGGACGGGGCCUAUUCCCAGCAUUAAUCUUUAACUCUGCUCUCCUGCAGCUUAAAUCUGACAAAUGUUCUGAGUGGCUGCCUCAGGUUCUUUUUGAAAUCCUGCCUCGGGAUGUUAAGAUUUAGUAACACAGAUUCUAACCUUAAAAUAGCAGCACAAAAUGUUCUAUUUACUCACAAAAUGAAUGCCAAGUAUGCAGCAUCCCUCACCAGAGCGGGGGGAGUGGGGGGGCCAUACUGAUAAUAUCUGACAGACAAAGGAAUUUGGUAGAAAAAACCAAUCUGGUGUGCCUCCUCCAGCGGGCAGCAGCCCUGGACAGCAUUCCUGGUCCUGGGAAAGGUGCUGCUGCUUCCAGCUGCUCUUCCUCUGUCCCUCUGAAAGCUGGAUGCUCUCUAAUACUUCUUACUUUAAAGGAAAAUUCUCUCAGGCCCCUUGUGAGGUUGAACCCUGGUCGCUGUGAGCCUGAGCUCUGCCCAAGCCAGCUCCUGCGUGUACUGCUUGGUCCAUCUAGUGUUGGCUGAGGCUGGGGCAGCAUUCCAGCUGUGUCAGUGUGCACACAGCAUUCCCAGUCCCCGAGCAGCUCCUGGGCAGGCGUUGCCUCACUGCAGGGCCUUGGCCAUGCUCGGGAGCCACCGGCACGGCCGCGUCCCGCAGGUCGCUCAGCUCUGUGGGCCAGCAAGAGCCCAGAACGUGACAAAACAUUCUCCACCUUUGGAGCUGCCAGUGCCAAAGCUCUCCUGUGUCCUCCCAGGAGGCUGGGUGCCACGCUGCUGCCAUGGCACGACCCCCUCUGAGUUUUUCCUGGGUCCCAAAGCACGGCCGUGCCAUGGCGGUGGCCGUCCCACUCCGGCUGUGCUGCCCAUACAGGGCACCCGGGGUGGCACAGCCCCUGCUCUCGGAGCUGGUUUGAUGUCUUCUCUCCUGCUGGCAGGCAGCAGCAUGAACCUGAAGAAGUACCUGGUGCGGGCGCUGCACCGCCUGCAGAAGGGCCCUGGCUACACCUACAAGGAGCUGCUGGUCUGGUACUGCGACAACACCAACACCCACGGCCCCAAGCGCAUCAUCAAGGAGGGGCCAAAGAAGAAAUUGAUCUGGUUCUUCCUAACGCUGCUCUUUGCAUCCCUGGUGUUCUGGCAGUGGGGGAUCCUCAUCAACACCUACCUCUCCUACAACGUCACCUCGACUCUCUCCAUUGGCUUUAAGACCAUGAAGUUCCCCGCAGUCACCAUCUGCAAUGCCAACCCCUUCAAGUACUCGGAGGUGAAGCCCCUGCUGAAGGAGCUGGACAGGCUGAUUGAGGCGGCGCUGGAGAGGAUCCUGCAGCCCACGCCAGGGAACGGCAGCGAGGACCUGUCCCCACCACUCGACCUGGAGCUCUGGAACCAGAUCCCCCUGGUCCUCAUCGACGAGCACGACAAAGACAAUCCCAUCAUCCUGGACAUCUUUGAGACCAACCAGACUGCUGUGGGACACGAAAGUGCCAUGGACAACACAACCAGUGUGAGCAAUGACACUGCUGAGGGCUACCAGCUCUCUGGGGGCAACGAAACCCUGGACAAUGAAACCAUCGAUGGGAACCAAACCACUGCUGCACCUCCCCUGGCCAACGCCACGCUGGAAGAGAAGAAGUACAAGCUGGCAGUGAAGCUGUGCAGCCACCAGGGCUCUGACAACUGCACGUACAGGAACUUCAGCAGCGCGGCGCAGGCGGUGACCGAGUGGUACGUCCUGCAGUCCACCUCCAUCCUCUCCAAGGUCCCUCUGCACGACAGGAUCAGGAUGGGCUACCAGGCAGAGGACAUGAUCCUGGCCUGUCUCUACGGGGCUGAGCCCUGCAACUACAAGAAUUUCACUCAAAUCUACCACCCAGACCAUGGUAACUGCUACAUCUUUAACUGGGGCAUGGAUGAGGAGGCUCUGAAUUCUUCCAACCCCGGGGCCGAGUUCGGGCUGAAGCUGAUUCUGGACAUCAGCCAGCAGGACUACAUUCCCUACCUGUCCUCUGCUGCUGGGGCCAGGCUCAUGCUGCACCAACAGAAGAGCUUCCCCUUCCUCAAGGACCAGGGCAUCUACGCCAUGGCUGGGACAGAAACCUCCAUUGGAGUGCUGGUGGAUGAGCUGGAGAGGAUGGGUUACCCCUACAGCGACUGCACCAUGAACGGCUCCGACGUCCCCGUCAAAAACCUCUACAGCCAGUACAACACCUCCUACUCCAUCCAGGCCUGCCUGCGCUCCUGCUUCCAGAACCACAUGGUGGAGAUCUGUGGCUGCGGGCACUACAUGUUCCCUCUGCCUGAAGGGGUGAAUUACUGCAACAACGGGGAUAACCCGGGCUGGGCAUAUUGCUAUUCCUUACUGAGAUCCAGCAUAAAACAGCGUCAGAUCUGCAUUGAGUCCUGCAAAGAAACAUGCAAUGACACGCAGUACAAAAUGACCAUCUCCAUGGCAGACUGGCCGUCAGAAGCCUCGGAGGACUGGAUUUUCCAUAUUCUGUCUUAUGAAAGGGAUAUGUCAACAAAUGUGACUCUGGACAGGAAUGGGAUCAUCAAGCUGAACAUUUACUUCCAGGAGUACAACUACCGCACCAUCUCGGAGUCAGCUGCCACCACGAUCGUUUGGCUGCUCUCGAGCCUGGGAGGCCAGUUUGGGUUCUGGAUGGGGGGCUCGGUGCUGUGCCUCAUUGAGUUUGGGGAGAUCAUCAUCGACUCGCUGUGGAUCACCAUCAUCAACGUCAUCAGCUGGUGCAAGGGCCUGAAGCAGAGGCGGGCGCGGGCGCGGUUCCCGGACGCGCCCCCGACGGUGUCGGAGCUGGUGGAGGCUCACACCAACCUGGGCUUCCAGCACGAGGCCGUGGGCGCCGUGCCCGGGGCCGGGGCGCUGCCCCCCGAGCCCGGCACGCCCCCGCCCAACUACGACUCCCUGUGUGUGCAGCCCCUGGACACGCUGGGCCCCGACAGCGACGCGGACACCGAGUGACCAGAGGCUCCUGCAGCUCCCGCCGGGCUGGGCCACUGCUGGGCAGCUGCCUUCGUCCAAAUUCAAGGGAAUGAAAAGCCCAAGCUGCCCUUUCCUGUGACUGAUGGCUGGGGGAAAGCUGUGCCUAAUAAACCCUGCAGUAAAC